UAUUCGUGAGUCUUCGUAACGUCGACGUAAUGACGUCACAAUACGCGCUUAACAACGAACACAGUUUAGCUGCACGAAGUUUUAUUAAUCGUUUACAGAAGAUUAUUAUGGAUAAAUCAUCUGACGGAUUAUUAAGAAAUAAGGGAACUUCACGUUCAAUAACCGACAUUGUAGCUGCCAUUACUCAUUCUGAGUCCCCAUCAACAUCAGCUGGACAAAGAAAUUAUACUAAACAUUCAGAUUCUGCUCGAGUUAUACCAGGUCUGGCCAGUCCCUGUCGUUACGGUGAAAAUCCCCACAAAAAUGCAAAAGGUGUUAAAAGGAAGUUUGAAGAAAACGAAAAUGAGACACGAAAGUAUAAACGGCAAAAGAAAUAUCGCUACACGAACACGGUUAAUAAUCGCGGUGAAAAACGGAAAUUUCCCUUUGAUUACUCGGAGCAACCACGAAAACGGUUCAAAUCAUCAUCUGUUGAAAAUGAACACCAACAACGAGUUACAUUAACAAAACCUGCAUUACAAUACUGUGAAUCUUACAAUAAGUCUGCUAUCAGGAGAUCUGGCUUCAAGUCUGAUUCAGAAACAGACGACAACAUUAAUUUAGAUAUACUUCCGGUUGCAGGCACUUCCGGGAAUCGCUGGAAUGGUGAUAUUGAGGAAGCAGACGACAAUGUAAGAUGUCCUGCGUCAUGUGUUUGCAACGCUGGUCACAGUCGAAUUCCCACACCGAUAAAGCGUUAUUUCGAAACGCCAGUUUCCAUGCGCAAAAGCGUGUUAAUGCGCAUGUCAUUUUCUCGAGCCAACAAAGAUUACCAGUGCUGCCCAGCUAGAUGCGUCAGAAAGUUACGCAGAUCAACAGUGGUGCGCACUUCACUUCUCAAUAUUUUGGAGGACUACGACGAAUCAGAUCUCAGAGUUUACAAGUACUCAUGGGGUGAAUGGAAGGAGUGAAGAUUAAAGUAAUGGAUGAAUUUAAAUAUAAAUAUUUGGACUAUAUCUCAGAAAUGCUAUUUAUUACAUUGUCUUUAAAACGUAUCUUGCUCAAGGAGGUGAAUAUCUGAUAAAAUCAUACCGCACAAAACAAACUUUGAUAGAAUUCAAUGCUGAUUAUUUAUUCAGAAUUUGAUAUGAAACGCUAAUUUGUGUUAGAUUUUAAAUCAAACACAUAAACAAAUGUCUUAAAUUAUACGACGUACCAUAUUAUAACGCUUAGCUAUAAUAGAAAUUUCCGGAAAACGUUAACUGUGUAAAAUAUCUAAACACAUAUUUUCAUGAAUACAAAUGUAUAUAUGUUGUUUAUUUAUUUUGUUUUAUUUAUGCCAGUGUAUUAAGUUUGAAAAAAAAAAAUCACUCGAGAACUUUUGGAGUUAUGCUCUGGAUCCCCAACCCGAGUAAAUCUGAUAAAGGGGAAUAAAUCUAAAAAAAGCAAUGUCGAGUUAUUGUUCUUGCACACUGUACUGUACUUAAGGAGUGUUGCUUCGCCAUUUUUUCUCUUCCAGUUUUGUUUUGUUUGUUUAUGUAUGAAUUUUCUUUAAAAGAAAAAAACCCUAAAUUUUUGAGCCAACCGUCAACGCGUCAUUUGUAUGACUCCGUUCCGGAUUAGCCGUUGCAUAAGUUGAACGUUUUUCUGCUCAGCAGUAAGCUCUA